CGAAGCCUCGACAGCCCGCCCCGGAAAAACAGAAGGAAAACCUGUCGCCUGAAAUACAUAUCCUAGAAGAUGUACAAAACGGUACGGAAGGGCGAUGCCAGCCUCCAGUACACGAUCCUUCCGCAAACGGAUCAGUUUUCCGCGAGCGGAUUUCCGCAAUCCUCGAGCAAGUCGCGGCCGAAGAUCCUGAAGUACACGAUGGGUACACUGAUGGUGAUCAUCAUGCUCUCCUGCAUAGCUACGCCUUUCCUGAUGAACCAGAACGACCACAACCUUUUCGCCAACACGGUCCUAGCGAUGGACAGGCAAGUAGCCCCGAAAUCCCAUCACCUGGAUAAGGUCGGGCACGCGAUCUUCAAGAACUCCUCGAAACCCUUCCACAAGGAGACGAGUAUCAAGGAGAAAAUCAGAACGGAGGUCUCCGAGAAAUCGAGGACGGAGACCGAAAGGAGGAAGAUCGUCCACGAGACGACGACGCAGCUCCUUGGAAAAGAGACGUCCAACCCUGAGACCACCGUUGAGGAUAAAGAAGAGUUUGUCUCAGCCGUUCCUCCAGAGUCUUCCUUAACGGCGAACGCUGGCGUCCAGGAAACUUCCUCCAGGACUUCGACGAAGCUUCCGAGCACCACCUCCAGCUCCAGGUACCCCACUUCACCGAGAUCCAAGAUGAAUAUAUAUUCGGAACUGCCCAGGAAGCUUCCCAGAGUCACUUUGAAGCUCCGAGAGAACGAGACGAUCCCGCAGAUGUACAUGAAGGCAGGAAUCGCGUCCUACAAGAAAGGCAACAUCACUACCAGUGUCCUGGCUCAUGGUCUAAGUCUGGAAGGGUUGAUCUUCAAGACUCCCGAAGGCACGAUGAAACCCUGGCCCCGGAAAUGGCCUUUCACCGACGCGUCUUCCUACUUCCAGUGGAAGAAAUCAAAUCAGAUGCCGAUGAUGAUCUACAUUGUCCUGGCGAGCCUGGCGGCGUUGGCUUGCGUCAGCAUCGUCCUUAUGUUUUACGUGCAAAGGAAGGUGUCAAGACGUCAAAGGCAGAGCGUCGAGGAACCGGAAGCGGAGGGCCACGAAGAGGACAAGUCGACGCUCUUAGGCGAAACCGAGAAGCAAGAGGCCGACAACAAGGAGUAAUCCUUCCCUCAACUCGAAUCGAGGGAGCAGGGAUAACCAUUUUCAAAUUUGAAAUACUAUACGUAGCAUAAGACUCGCCUAUUUUUACAACACAUCAGCUAGGAUUAGGUCUUUUGCGAGAGUCCUGCCGUCCCUGGGGAAGGAAACGCGGUAAAGAAACACUGAUCGCCCUGGGAACCCUUUUUUCCCCCGGGACUUUAGGAGCUCCAUGGUUUUUCACGGGAAGCUGUUAAUCGAUUUUCGGCGACUGAGAAUGACUUCCAUUAAUCAUCGACUUUUAAUCGUAAACUUCCGUCACCGGGCUGGAGAUAUUUCUGACGAUGACUCCGACUAAAAAUCGAUCGACAGCUCGCCCGGACGUCGAUCGGAGAUCGCUCAAGACCUCGUGAAGUUCGAUCGGGGAUCCGUUGAUCCUUCCGUUUUGUAGAGGAGGACUCCCUGUUGAGGGAUUCACGAUGAGAACAGGAUCGACGGAUCUGUCUGCCUAUCUACGUAUUAUAUCUACUUGGCUACUCGUAACUACACGAAAAGACGUGCAGUCGAUUUUCGGAAAAUCUUUCUCACUCACGAGAGGUACUUCGUACGUAUUAAGGCCUGGUCCCAGGGACCUAAGUACUUACGCUGCUUGAAAAGCAACAAUGAUAGCUGAAGCGGACUAUUAAGUGUGCUCCCUCUUUUUAAACGAGAGACGAACCUAAAAUUUACGUUCUCCUUGAUACCUUGAUUCGUCGACGUCGAGUAUUUUUUCUUCUCGUGAUUUUUCACAGUCUCCUUUACCCAGUUUCAACCGGGGAUGGAAAGGUUCCUCCAACCGUUUUGAAAGAAAAAAAAAAAAUUAGAAAAGUGCAGCUUAAGGGGCAUUGUUCUUUCCCUCGGCCGAUUUUAAGUUCCUUUUCGAUGGCAGUACAAAACGGAGCACCGGGUGCAAGAAGAGCACUUCUGAAUUACACUUUUUUACCGAUAUUGAGGAGUUCUUAAUUUUUUGACGUUUUAAUUAAGCUACGGAAGGGAGGCUCAACGUUAAGUUUGUGUCUUAACUGAGUAAAGGGCUGAUUAGGAAAUUUAUAUAGGAAAGUGCUCUCGUCGCAUGGAGGACCUCCCAGCGCACAAUGAAGUUUCGAAAGACGCGCACUUGCACCCGGAGCUACAAAUUUACUCAAUCCAGUACACCGUGUACCUAGACAAGAGGAAACGCGCAAUGAGAGUACCGAAUCGUUUGCGAAGAUCAAUCGAGCGUAGUUUGCCUGAGAUAACGGCGCGAUCUACUUUGGAGACGUUUACCAAUGAUCCGAAAAAUUCGGCAGAGAGCGUUAAAGCGAGGCAAACUUCAUUUGCUACUUGAAUCCUAGAGGGUAGAAUGCAGCUUGACUGAAGACCCCUCAAGAACGAGUCUGCAUCCGCGCGCGAUAUUUACACCUCGGACAAUGUUAAAUAAAUUUUUUUUUCGAACACUAGGGCCGUCAAUUUUUUUUUUUUUCACCUAGAACUAAAUAAUCGGCCCAACGUCAAAACUAGAUGUAAAUAUCGAGCGUGACAUUUAAAAAACUAAACAGACCUGAGUACUUGUGUGAACAAUUUUUUUUUUUUCAAAGUUACAGGUACUGAGGUCUGUUAAAAUGUGAUGACUUACGUGAAGGAGUGUCGGAGUACUUCGAUAGCUAUGCAGCAUAUCAAAUUGCUAAAUGAAUACCUUCGGAGUAUUUGUACGAGUCUGUGACUUCGCAAAUGGCACUUUGCAUUUUGCUGCAAAACUAGGUAUCAUUUUUAGGGUAAGUUGAUAAGUAUGUAGGAUACCUUUGAAUUUUAUGUAUCAUUUUGACAUGCAGAAACGUUCCUUUACUUCUCCCUUGAUGACGGUCAUGACGGACCCGUUGCCGAAUACAAAUCGUAGAUCGAAUUUCUGUACAAAAAUGAUGUUCGAUGUUUUCUUGAGAACCUAGAGGAGAAAAAAAACCGAGAGGCAGGGGAGAAACAAAUAUUCGUGCUAGCCGAAGAGAGAGGACGGUUAUAGUUUCUAUUUUUAAGAUUGUAUUUUUUUAACUUUAUUAAUUUUCGACUUCCACCUAUACUUAGCGGGCGUAAUGAAUUACUGUAUAUAUACACCUAUAACCUUAGCCUGAGAGAUGUGUAACGGAGAAUAAUCCUAUUCGAGUUGCCAGGGUCUGCGAUAAAAUGCGUUUCCACAUUGUCGGUCGAUCCGACGCGAUAAAAGCGACCCAUAAAAUUAAUCUUGGAAAUUAACGAGAUGGGAACUCGCGGGAGAUUCGGCCAUCUUGGAUCAGUCACCUCCAUUAUGCAUUUCGUAACAUUUUAGCUAGCUUUAGGUAGGCAAAUCAAUUCUAUGUAUAAUUAAUAAUGUAUGUCAGAAUAAUUACGACUACGUUACCGAUCGCGAUGUUUACUAUCGAGAAUUGAAUUGUUAACUGAACUUGGAAGAGAAUUAGCUCGCGCCCAUUUAGGGCGUAUAUGUGUAUAAUAAAUCGAAUACCGCGUUGCGAAACGUA